GCCUCCUCAGUGUUGGAGUGGGAAUUCUUUUUGCAGUAACCCAGGAAAUGCAUCAAUCCCUUUUCACUCUGUUCAGAGUUUCCCACCUGACUGGAGCACUCUUCAUCAUUGCUGGAAUUGUUUCCAACCUGCUGUGCAAAUAUCCAGAAAUACUGCCUGUGUCCUUCGUGGUCAACUGCGGCUGCAUCAUUGUAGCUGUAAUUUCAGCUUGUCUGAUAAGUGUUGACCUGGCUCACUGGGUGCCAGAUAAUGAUCAGUAUCUGAGGAUGGAGGUGUUGGGACUUUGUGUGUUGGGGCUCGAGGUUCUUCUCUCUGCUAUCCUCUGCUUCUGGUUCUUUAAAGAGAAACGUGCCAAAACAUCACAACCAUCAGGCUAAAGACGGAAACAUUUGAGAAAAUAAGAGUUCAAAUAAGCUGCAUGUCGAGGGGCUGUAUAUUAGUGCUUAAAGGAAGUGAAGCCACUAUAUGUGGCAUACUGUUCUGUCUUGAUUGUGUGUAUUAGAGCUGAAGCCUUGCUGAACAGCCCGGGCUGUGGUCUACGUCUGAUGUUUGGCUCGGACCGAGAACACAAAACUUGUGGUAAAUAAAUGUCAGCUUCUCUCAUGUGAAGAAAAAAAACCACUCCUCAUUCUCCUAACCUCUUCGUCUUUCUGUGUAACGGUAGCAGUGUGCCUCAUGGUGUCAGGGUCUCUGUGUGUGGUUUGACACUAGCGCUUUAUUAUCAGUGGAAAUAUCUGUAACGCGUUUUCAGCUGCUCAACUCACACUUCCAGCUGGUUUUACAUGCAGAGCGCUUUACUGACAUGUGAAGGAUUUGUAAGUUAUAUAUAUAUAGGCAUUGCCACUCAAAAAAAUAACUCAUUGGAUGAACUCAAUUAAAUUGUGGGCAGAAUUUCCAUCCAACAAAUAUAUGUAGCCCUUACCCAGUACUCAUAUUAAAGGGACUCAUCAAAGAAGGCUACUCAGUAUUCUCACAUUUGCUGCUCGAAAGAAUAUAUUGCUCAGAUGGAUUGAUAAUGCACCUCCAACAAUUGGGGGUUGGCACGAAGUGAUAUUUGACUUAUUACCAAUGGAGUAUCUGACACACA